GUACAGCUGCAAGGCCCAAUGGCCCAAAUUCUAUUACCUUCCCUUCCAACCUUAACACCGCUUGCCAUCUCUAUUGCCAUAAUUCAGGACAAAGCCAUGAACAGCAUUCUUAAUUUCCACAAACGCACAACUAAAUCAUGGACCAAGAAAAAAACAUCAGUUCCUUACAGAUCUCCACUCUUUGUUUUACUCGUCUCUGUCUUCACAGUCUUCUUUUUUCUUGUGCUUUUCACUUCCUAUUCUAAAACCUCCAAUUCUCUUUUGCAUAAAACCAUAAAUCCCCAAAUUACUCAAUGUAGCAGAUUCCAAGCCCUGUCCGGAGGAGAGAAGUUCCUCUGGUACGCACCGCACAGUGGGUUUAGCAACCAGCUAUCGGAGUUCAAGAAUGGGAUACUGAUGGCCGGUAUUUUGAAUAGGACGUUAAUUGUGCCACCGAUUCUUGAUCACCAUGCUGUCGCUCUUGGUAGUUGCCCUAAAUUUAGGGUUUCGGGGCCUCAAGAGAUCAGGUUUUCCGUUUGGGAUCAUGCGAUUGAACUGAUUAAAACUGGGAGGUAUGUCUCCAUGGUUGACAUCAUUGAUACUUCAUCAUUGGUGCCUUCUUCCAUUCAAACCAUAGAUUUCAGGAUUUUUGCAUCCUUGUGGUGCGGUUGGAAUAAGGAUUUCACUUGCAUAAAUGAUUUGAAUGCUCGGUCCUCUUUGUCUGAAAGCCUUAUGCAGUGUGGAUCUAUAAUAUCUGGGGUCAAUGGUAAUAUAGAUAAGUGUUUAUAUGCUGUAGAUGAAGAUUGCAGAACCACAGUUUGGACUUACAAGAAUGGUGAAGAGGAUGGAGUAUUAGAUCCAUUCCAACCUGAUGAGCAACUCAAGAAGAAAAAAAACAUUUCAUAUGUUAGGAGGCACCGAGAUGUAUCUAAGACGCUUGGACCAGGUUCUGAAUCUGAAUCUGCCACUAUCCUGGCAUUUGGAAGCCUUUUCAGUGCCUCAUACAAGGGUUCAGAGCUGUAUAUUGAUAUCCAUGAAGUUCAGACAGAUCAAAGGAUACAAUCUUUGAUAGGGAAAAGUAAAUUUCUUCCCUUUGUUCCCGAAAUCCUAAUUGCAGGGAAGAAAUAUGCUUUAGAGACCAUAAAGGCUCCUUUUCUUUGUGCCCAGCUCAGAUUGUUAGAUGGUCAGUUUAAGAACCACAGGACAGCCACUUUUCUGGGCUUGAAACAAAAGUUAGAAUCUUUAAAGCGGACGGGUCAUCAGCCCAUUCAUAUUUUUGUAAUGACUGAUCUUCCUCGAGGUAAUUGGACUGGGAGUUACUUAAGUGACUUGGCUAGUGACUCAGACCAUUUUAAGUUGCACUUUCUGAGAGGAGAAGAAGACUUGGUGAUACAAACUGCAAAGAAAAUUGCAGCUGCAGGGCAUGGCUUAAGACUUGGACAUAUUCCAUGGAUUAAUGGAGUGAGCAAGAUGAAGAUGCAUUGUCCUUACCAGAGAUUGCCUGACAUACUUCUAUAUAUAGAGGAAAGUGUUUGUGCUUGUGCUUCACUGGGUUUUGUUGGGACUGCUGGAUCAACUAUUGCUGAGAGUAUAGAGUUGAUGAGAAAAUCUGAUGUAUGUAGAACGUCCUAAUCUAAUUCCUACAUGACAUUUGGCUAUGCAAGUUUGAUGAAUCUGAGCAUUUCGCUUGCAUAUUUUUCAGCGAAAACAUAGUUGUGCUUUCUUGGCUACCCUAAGACCCUAUGGCUAUGUUUGGAACUUUAUUAGGGAGGAAAAGAAAAAUAAAGAAGGAAAAUAAAAAUAAUGUAAGAUUUAUUUUUCUC